CAGUGUCCGCGGGGGCGCCCCGUGCCCCGCAGCGCCAUCUAGGGGCCGGGCCCCGGGUAGAGGCAGGGGAGGCGAGGGCAGGCGCGGCCGGCGAGCGAGGGGAAGCCGGCGGUGGCAGCGGCGGGCGUCCGCGGGCGGCGCGAGGAGCCCCUGUGAUUGGCACAGCCCGAGCCGGAGGAGGAGGCGAGGGGAGGGCGGAGGAGGAGGAGGAGGAAGGGGACGAGCAGCGGCGGCGAGGAGCUGCGCUUCCACCUCUCCAGCCCCGGCAGGACAGGGGCGGCCGGCGCGGGCCCGGGGCGAGGACAGCACGCACCCCCGCCCGGCAGCGGCCCCGACACCCGGGGCGAGCGGGAGAGCGGCGGCGGCGGUGGGGGGGCAAGGAUGCAGGGGAAGAAGCCGGGAGGCUCGUCGGGCGGCGGCCGGAGCGGCGAGCUGCAGGGGGACGAGGCGCAGAGGAACAAGAAGAAGAAAAAGAAGGCGUCCUGCUUCUCCAACAUCAAGAUCUUUCUGGUGUCCGAGUGCGCCCUGAUGCUGGCGCAGGGCACGGUGGGCGCCUACCUGGUGAGCGUGCUUACCACCCUGGAGCGGAGGUUUAACCUGCAGAGCGCCGACGUGGGCGUCAUCGCCAGCAGCUUCGAGAUUGGAAACCUGGCGCUGAUUCUCUUUGUGAGCUACUUUGGGGCGCGUGGGCACCGGCCGCGUCUCAUUGGCUGUGGGGGCAUCGUCAUGGCGCUGGGCGCGCUGCUGUCCGCGCUGCCCGAGUUCCUGACGCACCAGUACAAGUACGAGGCUGGCGAGAUCCGCUGGGGCGCCGAGGGCCGGGAUGUCUGCGCCGCCAACGGCUCAGGCGGCGACCAGGGGCCUGACCCAGACCUCAUCUGCCGCAGCCGGACCGCCACCAACAUGAUGUACCUGCUGCUGAUUGGGGCCCAGGUGCUCCUGGGCAUCGGUGCUACCCCCGUGCAGCCCCUGGGUGUCUCCUACAUCGAUGACCACGUGCGCAGGAAGGAUUCUUCUCUCUACAUAGGAAUCCUGUUCACGAUGCUGGUAUUCGGACCAGCCUGUGGAUUUAUCCUGGGCUCUUUCUGUACCAAAAUCUAUGUGGAUGCUGUCUUCAUUGAUACAAGUAACCUGGACAUCACUCCGGACGACCCCCGCUGGAUCGGAGCCUGGUGGGGUGGCUUUCUGCUCUGCGGUGCCUUACUCUUCUUCUCUUCCCUCUUAAUGUUCGGGUUUCCACAGUCUCUGCCCCCGCACUCAGACCCCGCCAUGGAGAGCGAGCAGGCCAUGCUCCCCGAAAGAGAAUACGAGAGACCCAAGCCCAGCAACGGGGUCCUGAGGCACCCCCUGGAGCCAGACAGCAGUGCCUCCUGCUUCCAGCAGCUGAGAGUGAUCCCCAAGGUCACCAAGCACCUGCUCUCGAACCCUGUGUUCACCUGCAUCAUCCUGGCCGCCUGCAUGGAGAUUGCAGUGGUGGCCGGCUUUGCUGCCUUCUUGGGGAAAUACCUGGAACAGCAGUUUAACCUCACCACCUCGUCUGCCAACCAGCUGCUCGGGAUGACUGCAAUUCCCUGUGCCUGUCUGGGGAUCUUCCUGGGCGGCCUCCUGGUGAAGAAGCUCAGCCUGUCCGCCCUCGGGGCCAUCCGGAUGGCCAUGCUUGUCAACCUGGUGUCCACAGCUUGCUACGUCUCCUUCCUCUUCCUGGGCUGUGACACGGGCCCCGUGGCUGGGGUUACUGUUCCCUAUGGAAACGCCUCAGCAUCUGGCUCAGCCCUGGACCUCUUCUCACCCUGCAAUAAAAACUGUGAAUGCCAAACCGAUUCCUUCACUCCUGUGUGCGGAGCAGAUGGCAUCACCUACCUGUCUGCCUGUUUCGCUGGCUGCAAGAGCACGAAUCUCACCGGCUGUGUGUGCCUCACGACCAUCCCCCCUGAGAACGCGACCGUGGUUCCCGGAAAAUGCCCCAGCCCCGGGUGCCAAGAGGCCUUCCUCACCUUCCUGUGCGUGAUGUGUGUCUGCAGCAUGAUCGGGGCAAUGGCGCAGACGCCCUCGGUCAUCAUCCUUAUCAGGACCGUCAGCCCUGAACUCAAGUCGUAUGCCCUGGGAGUUCUUUUUCUUCUUCUUCGUUUGUUGGGCUUCAUCCCCCCUCCCCUCAUCUUUGGGGCUGGCAUCGACUCCACCUGCCUCUCCUGGAGCACGUUUUGCGGGGAGCAGGGCGCCUGCGUCCUCUACGACAACGUGGUCUACAGGCACCUGUACGUCAGCAUCGCGAUCGCACUCAAGUCGUUCGCAUUCAUCCUCUACACCACGACGUGGCAGUGCCUGAGGAAAAACUAUAAACGCUACAUCAAAAACCACGAGGGCGGGCUGAGCACCAGUGAGUUCUUUGCGUCUACUUUGACCCUAGACAACCUGGGGAGGGACCCUGUGCCCGCCAAGCCCACGCAUAGGACAAAAUUUAUCUAUAACCUGGAAGACCAUGAGUGGUGUGAAAACAUGGAGUCCGUUUUAUAGUGACGCCAGGAGGGCUGGACUCUGUAUAGUGAUCAAAGGGUCAUUUUCUUUUUUUUUUUUCCUACAAAAAGAAAAAAGGUUUCAAAAAAAAAAACAAAAAACAAAAAAACUCGGUACACACACGCGUGCACACGCACGCACACACAUACACACACACACACAGAGACACAGACACACACAACCUUGGUCCUUUUUCUCCAAGUCAGAGCCAGACGGGAUUCAGAAUGAGGAGAGCAUGGGACCGUGUGUCUGAUGUGUGACCUGCUGGGGCUCAGAGCCCGCUCUGUGACGCCACCUCACGGUGUUUUCAGGAUGCCGACAGCUGCAAGCAACAGGCACUGCCAAAUUCAGGGAACAGUGGUGGCCAGCUUGGAGGACGGACAUUUCCGGAUAUACACACAUCACACAAAACCACCACCACAACAAUUUUAAAAGAAAGUCUACUAAAAAAACACACGUUGACAACAUUGCCAGGAUAAGCACUCGUGACAGCCAGUGCCGCCCUCCUCCUCCCCGUGGGGCGGGGAGGCGCACACGUCCUGAGGAGUGGAAGCCCACUCCUCUCUCUAACUUUCGCAAUAUGGGUCACUCACUGUGUAGACGACUCAUCCAGUCUGCCUGUGGUUCAAGGCCCUAGAGUUCUCUCAGCGAUGCUAAUGGGUGAUCCGUGCCGGAGUCUGUACUUGGCACCCCCCCAGCCCCAUUUCCACGGUUAAGACUGAGGGCCCAUGGGGGAGCCGGGCAAGGGGGUCCAGCAUCUCCUUCCCCCGAAGCACCUCCCCGUGGUGGGCGCCCACCUCCCCCAGCCCCAGAGUGACCUCAGGAAGCAGUGGGCGUCGCCUGGCUAUGACUGACCUCGCUCAGAGCCGGCGUGACCCGACCCAGUCCAACUCAUUUGCUUACAUUUGCCAAACAUUUUGCCAUUUUUUUAAAAAAAAAUACAAUGCAUAUGAAUUUCAAACUGUUGUAUGUAUAAUCCUCUAAUACUAUUUUUAACUCCUUCUAAAAUCGGUGUUAACCACUUCAGUCACUAACACAGUUCUCUAGGCCGAAUUUACUAUGUUGGUUGCUUUUACUUUCUUCCUUUUCUUAAUGCACCAAAAUAUAAUGUGAUUCAAGGGAUGCAAUUAA